UAUAGUAAAAAAAACAAGACGGUCGAAAUAUCUGUACAGAAAACAAUUUUUUAUUUGAUUGCUGUGAUGUCUUCAUUUCAACUCAGUAUCGGCAUAAUUUUGCUCUUUGCCCACUUUAUAAGUUGCGGACUAGAGUCGUGUUACAAAUGCACAGACACGCCUUUGACUGACGCUAAACAAUGCAUCAAAGACAAAGAUUGGUGUGCUGCUACACAUGACAGAUGCUUGUUAAUGAAAGAAAAAAAUUCUAAUGGAGCUAUGGUAUAUGAAGCGAGAUGCAGUACCGAAAGAGAGUGUUUCAGUGACGCAGCCAAGAAAGCUCUUUGUGAUAAAAAAAAUGAUUGCAAGGUACUGAUGUGUUGCGAUUCCAAUUCGUGUAAUACCGCUCAUGCAACAUGGAUUCGAUUUGACGUGCGAUUAUUAUUACUUGUCGUCAUCUCACUGACAGUAAUCUUAUGGAAAUAACCCGAUAUCGUGUAUAUAUAAUGAUGGCAUGAGACCACUGUAAUGUUUUGCACAAGGAAAGGCCUUUUUCUCAAUGUUUUAAUGUCUUUAAAUUUGAGUUAUAUAGCACAGAUACUCUUUAAAUUCUAGGAAAGAAUUACCAAAACACGCACAGCAUAGCUAUAAUACCUGUGCUGAAAUAAUUUUUUUUAACAUUUUAUAAUUUACACAACAAUUAAAGUAAUCACAUAAA